CACACACACACACACAGAAUACAGGACUUGAACAGGCGUGGGACUAAUAACAUGCAAACAAUGCUACACAGUGGCAAGAUAACGAAACGGAGGACAUCUGAUCGACCUGUAUUUACCCCAGGAACCGGUUAAUAAUCUAAUUUAGAUCAUCUUGACACGAAGUUCUCCAGAAGAUGGCGGAAAUGGGACACACGGUGUGCGUUCGCGGGCUUCCCUCCGACAUGGAGCACGAGCGACUGGAAGAUAAACUUCUGAUCCAUUUUCUGCGCGAGCGCAAUGGCGGAGGAGAGAUAUCAUCAAUCAGCAUUAAAGCUACAGAUCCGUGUGCCAUCAUCACCUUUGAAGACAGCAGAGUUGCUCUCAAUGUGUACGGUUGUAGACCACAUGUUUUAGAGGUGGAUGGCAAGACGUAUGAACUUUCUCUGAGUUUUCCAUGGCAGGAGUCACUGCAUCUGAACAGGGUAAUCCGUGAUAUGUCUGUGACCAUAGACUGCAACUACUUGCCUCUGGGUGAAGAGAGAAUAAAAACAAUCACUGAAAAAUUCCCUGGCCUUGAUAUCCAUUACAUUAAGCCUCAGAGGCUUUGCACCAUAAAGGGACCUUAUUCUGAGGUCAGUGAUGUUGUAUCUAACUUGAAAGAGCUUCUUGAACCUCCAAGUGAAGAAGGUUUGUUCUUUGAACAAGAAAGCGAUAAAGUCCAUUCACAUCAGAAAAGAAAAGACAACUCUCCAAACCAACCCCAUGGACUCCACUUUAGUGGAGAUGUUUCUUUGCAUCAGGAAUCACGUCCAAAAGUGAACAGUGCAAAACUACCACAAGCACAAACAUGCUCUGAUGAGAAGAUAAAAAGCUGGGUAGAUGCAGUAGAAGUGGAGGCUCUCUCUCUAAUCAUGGAAGCAGAUGCAUUUGCAUAUCUAUGUAGCAGAAGUGAGGAGUACAAGGGUAUAUUGCGAAACCAUGGUGUGCAUGUGGUUGAUGUCACAACUGCAGGAGUCACCACACUGUACUUGCAAUCCAAUGCAAAAUUUAAGAGUGGGUCAAAAGCAGAAAUGCACAUGAACCAUGCCCUCAAGGAGCUGAGUCAGCUUUACCAGCAGGUAGAGAGUAAUUUGAGAAGAGCUCAGAUUCCAAGAAGUGCCCUUAACCUGCACGGAGAAGAAACUGCAGCAUUCAAAAACUUAGAGUCAUUACUGCCCAAAGUGAUGCUCAGCUAUGAUCAAACCCACGUUUAUAUUGUAGGUGAAAGCAGUGAGGUCUCUCAGGCCAAACAGAUCCUCCUGUUUGGUUCAUCUUAUGAGAACUUGAAAGCAAAGCAAGACACCUCACUUUCAUUAUCUCCCUCUUACUCUUAUUCCCCAACCUCUGAAUCAGAGACAAUGCAAACUGCCAGAACAAGUAGUGAAUCCAGUACAAUGACCCCUAAAAUGAGAGUCUCUGAUGCUGAGAGAAGAGUAAGGACUGGGGAGGAAUACAAACUGGCUGCUCGAUUUAAAAACUCUGAUAUGGGCUUACUGGGGUUUGGCACUUUAGAACGAGGGAGAACUAGAGAGCGUCAAGAUUUGACCAAAGGCAUUAACAUGUUACCACUGGCAUCAUAUUCCUCCCUUGGUACAGCGGGUACAGUCAAUAGUGACCAGAACAGAGCUUCUCAAGUUGGUGCUUUCAAAGUCACUGGUGUAAAUAAUGUAGAAGGAGAUAUCUUGUUUCAGAAGAUGGACCCAAUGUCCUCUACAUGUACAUUAAAAAACAGUGGUCAGGCCUCAAACAUAGUUAGUAGAACAAAUUCUGUAAGUACCUCCAGAGUAACACCUGCAUUCAAAACUUCACUCAGCACACCUGCAGAUGCCUGUACAGGGCUUGAGAAACUGGGCAAGACUACAGUAGGAUCUACAAGCACCUCUAUGACUUCCUUAAGAAGGACGAAUAGUUUCUCAGGCCGACCGCUACAAAAAGAGGACACAAAAAAGACUGGGACCAAUGAGAAGUCAAGUCUUACCACAAAUUCCUUUAGAAGACCAAGAUCCAGUAGCCUAAAUAGUAGAGCAUCUGGAGAUGCACUUCCGAGCAGCACUGUAUCAAGGACAGUUACUGUACCUACGCUGAUGUGGAGUUAUAUAAAAGAGGCACAUGACUCCGAACUAAAACCUCUGAUCUCAGAUCUACAUGUUUCUGAGAGCCAUGUAGACAAGAAUAAGACUAUGGUAACUCUACAGGGAUCAGAAUCAUCCAAGGUUGAAGUCUGUCAACAUGAGCUUCAGAAGCUAGUUGAUGUGAUUAGUUUAGAUUUUUGUGUUCAGAGCCUUCAACUGGCAGAUCUUGGUGUGACUGAAGGAAAUGAUAUGUUCAAGGAAUGCUGCUCGAACAUAUGCUUACACUUCAGCAAAAUUGUACUGCAGCAUGCAAAGGAUGCUGUUAUCCUGAUGGGGCCCAAAUCACUGUGUUCUCAAGCCAGUGAGACAUUAAAAGAACUGUUUUCUAGUGGAUUUUCUAAUUCUGGAUCUUUGGACAGUAGCUUCACCCAUCAGGGCAGUAUAGGUCCAAGUCAAGCCAAUAUGUCAGCUAACCAGAUGCCAAUUAAAAGCCAUGGUCUAGAUCAGACCAGAGCUAAUAGUGAACGUCUUGCAAAAGCAUACAAAUCUGAGUCCAGGAAUGUAGCUUAUAUGCAAUCACCAAAGCCUGUUGCCAAAGAGGUGCUUAAGAAGGCUUCAGAUUUGGAAAUAAGCAAGAUGGGCCUAUUACCUGGCAAAUCUCCUGAAGUAAGUGGAAUGCUGUUGGGACUGAGGGAUGACUGGCAGAAGCCUUCAUCACUCACCUCACAGAAAAGCCAAAAAGCAACAACACUGACUUUGAAACAGACCAACUUGCCAAUCAAUAAACACUUGGAGUCUUGUGUGUGUGGAGAGAAGGGUGCACCAACAAGCUGUGGUGUUUUUCUGUGUUCCAAUUGUAUUAACUUUCAUGCUCAGUGUAUGGUAUGCUCUAAAGUGAACGCAGCCAGAAAACCACCAAAGGCAAUGCAAGCUCAUCUACUCAAAGAAGAACAAAAUGCAGAAGAGCUCAAAAGAAAAGAAACUGGCACAAGACAAAAACGGGAACAAGGCAUUCAGGGCAUCAUGAAGUGUACAGAGCUGGUCAUGAGCUUGCCAGGGUACGAGCAAUACAGGACAGUCAAAAUUACCUACUCUAUACCUGAUGGCAUCCAGGGAGAGGAACACCCUAACCCUAGGUUACCAUUCGAAGGAGGUAUAUUUGAGGCCUAUUUGCCACUCACUUCAAAGGGCCAGGGCUUACUGCAAUGCCUGGAGAAAGCAUUUAAGCAAGGGUUUACCUUUACUGUUUGCCCAAAUAACAGUACUGGCAGAGCAAAAAUAACAUGGAGCAGAAUCCCUCAUAAGACCAUGACCACAGGAGGGAAGAGUGGGAACGGAUAUCCUGACUCCGCAUACCUUAAAGACUUGGCUGAGGCAUUGAGGACUUGUGGGAUUGAGGUGGUUUAGGUGAAAUGAAGUGAAAUUCUUCAACAGCAACCCCAGUCCUAAUUUUCUGUAAUUAAAAUGAUAUAAAAUCAAAAUGUUUCAGAAUGCAUAUUCAAGUUAUAAUCACUGAUUCAUAGACAUGUAUGAAUAGAACAUAAUGAAGUGUGCAACACCCGUGAAGACAUUUUCUUGUAUUAAUUAAAGUAUUUCUCAUAGCCUUAAUUGCUUAUUGAUCAAAGUCAUUAUUUUUAUAAUAUUGUUUAGAGCAGAUUA